UUAUCAUCAAACACAAUGGCCAGCAACAUUACCAACAAGACAGAUCCUCACUCCAUGAACUCCCGAGUGUUCAUUGGAAAUCUCAACACUCUCGUGGUCAAGAAAUCUGAUGUGGAGGCAAUCUUUUCGAAGUAUGACAAAAUUGUGGGCUGCUCUGUUCAUAAGGGCUUUGCCUUCGUUCAAUAUGUUAAUGAGAGAAAUGUCCGGGCUGCUGUAGCAGGAAAGGAUGGCAGAAUGAUUGCUAGCCAGGUUUUAGAUAUUAACCUGGCUGCAGAGCCAAAAGUGAACCGAGGAAAAGCAGGUGUGAAACGAUCUGCAGCGGAGAUGUACGGCUCCUCUUUUGACUUGGACUAUGACUUUCAACGGGAUACAAGGUCAGAAGUCGAGGCAGCAAUUAAGAGCCAACCACACAAAAAAAGCCCAGGUCCAGAUGGGUUCACAGCCGAAUUCUACCAGACACACAAAGAGGAGCUGGUACCAUUCCUUCUAAAACUAUUCCAAAUAAUCCAAAAAGAGGGAAUACUUCCCCAAUCAUUUUAUGAGACCAACAUCAUCCUGAUACCAAAACCCAGCAGAGAUCCAACAAGAAAAGAAAACUUGUGUUCUCCCAUUGUCCAGGCUAAGGGACUCUCCAUCUUUGAAACAGAUGCAGAUUUAAAAUAA